AUGCGGUUCUCAAUUGUUGCAUCUGCGCUUUUGGCGUAUGCGGCAACGGUACUCUCGGCGCCGUCGCCGUCUGAUUUCAAGGUGGUGAACAUGCUCCGCACAGUUGAUUUGAUGAAAGCAUAUGUGCGCGAUUCAUCGUCAUUCAUUCUCGAAAACACCAGCUCCGAGCCAAAGUCGAGCUUUUACUUGGCGGUUAACUCGAGCUACUUUGACGAUGACGAGACGACGCCGAAACUGGCAAUGUAUGAGGUUAAGCUCAAGGCUGAUGAUGCGUCUACUACGCCGUUGGAAUUCGAGAUUGCUCCGGAGGUCAACGAGGAUGGUAUGAGGCUUGUGGAGGUUGCGCUCAAGACUCCGCUGGAGGUCGGCAGUAGUCAAACAAUUCAGCUUGUGACCGCAGUUGUGCGUGAGCUGUCUCCUAUCCCAAAGAAGAUCAAGCAGUCGGAGCCCCAGAACUUGAUGUGGGAGGGAACCAAGGUAUCGUACAUGCCUUAUCCUAUUGUUAAGCAGCGUACCAAGGUCAAGACUGCCGAUCGUCCGCCCAACGCUUACAGCAAACACAUAGAUGACCCGUUAGUCGAGGGCACUACUCUGACCUACGGUCCUUACAACGACGUUGAGCCCUACGCGUACGAUCCCAUUCUUGUAAAGUACGAGUACAACAUCCCGGUCAUCGAGGUCAGCAAGCUCGAGCGUGAGCUCUGGGUGUCCCACACCGGAGGCAAUCUAGCAACCGAGGAACGCUACUGGCUGAAGAACGCGGGCGCCGAGCUCAAGGACAACUUUUCGCGUAUUCGUUGGCAGGCGAGCACAAUGGCGAGAGAGCGCACGCCGGCUCUUCGAUCAGCAUCGGUGCAUCUCCGACCUGGUGUUCGCGACGUGUACUUCACUGACGAGAUUGGCAACGUGUCGACGAGCAACUUCCGCGACGAUCCCCGCUCGCCGAUUAUGGAGAUCCGUCCACGAUAUCCUAUCUUUGGAGGUUGGAACUACAGUUUCACGCUGGGAUGGAACCACGAUCUUGGACGUAGUCUUCGUUCGUUGGUUGAUAGCGAAGGAGAGACAGUAUAUGUUUUGCGCGUCCCUCUGAUAGAGGGACUCAUGAACGUCUACUACAACGAAGUCGAGGUCUCAGUUGUCCUUCCAGAGGCUGCCGAAAUCUUGAGCGUGGAGUCCACUUACACGGACGUCACCGAGGAACGCUCGCUUUUAUUCUCACACCUCGACGCCGUCGGUAGGACGGUCGUCAAGCUGAAGGCCAAGAACAUGAUUGAUGAGCAAAAGCGGAGCGAGCUGUAUGUGACGUAUACGCUUCCCAGCAAUGGACAGUAUGCAAAGCCGAUGCUUGUCGCUACCGCUCUGAUUACCGUUUUCUUUGCUGUCAUUGUGCUGGGACGGAUUGAUAUCAGUAUAGGAAAGACUAAAACGGCGUAG